AUGAAAGGAUUUAGACUAGUGUAAAAAAGUAUUCUCAAUUAAAACCAAAGAUCAUUUGCUCACGCAUUGACUGGAGCUAAAGUGUUAGUUGCUGGAUGCAAGGGCUAAAUAGGUUUACCAUUGGUUCACGCUCUUUGUAAAGAAGUUGGAAGAGAAAACGUAGUAGCAGCAGACAUCUCUGACAAAAAGGCAGAUUUACCUUGCAAAUUUGAGUAGCUAGACGUGGCAGACUUUGGCAGGUACGAAAAGAUUGUUAAGGACCACAAAAUCACCUAUAUUGUCCACUUAGCAGCAAUAUUGUCUGCUCUUGGAGAGAGAUUCCCAGAUAGAGCAAACAGCGUCAAUGUGACUGGGUUCCUGAAUGCAAUCAAUCUAGCCAGAGACAACAAGUGCAAAAUCUACUGCCCUUCAUCAAUAGCAGUCUUUGGAGGAGAGCACUUCCCAAAAGUUAACACUCCAGACGAUGUUAUCUUGUAACCAGAAACUAUUUACGGUGUUACUAAGGUCUUCAAUGAGAUGUUAGGGAAUUACUACCAUAAAAAAUUCGGAGUUGACUUCAGAGCUAUUAGAUACCCUGGAGUCAUCAGCAGUGAAAAGUAUGAAUUCAAUGGCACCACUGAUUACUCAACUUAGAUCUUUUUUGAGGCUCUUGAAAAAGGUCAUUACAAAUGCUUCUUAGGACCCAAGUCAGACCUCCCCAUGAUCUACAUAGAUGAUUGCAUUCAAGGAACAAUUGACUUCUUGAAGGCAGACUCUACAAAACUUAAAAGAAGGACUUACAAUAUGGCAGGAAUAUCAUUCAAUCCUGAGCAGCUAGCAGCAUCAUUAUAAAAAUUAUUACCAAAUUUCGAAAUUUAAUACGAACCAGAUUUCAGAUAGAAAAUUGCAGAUGCUUGGCCCAAAUCCAUUGAUGAUAGCAACGCUUAAAAAGACUGGGGCUGGUCAUACAAUGUAACUGUUGAUGACCUUGCUCAAAAGAUAUUCGAUGGUAUUGACGAACAAUAUAAAUAAGGACUUAAGAAAUACGCUUGA